GGUAGGGGAGGUGCAUAUGUUGAAAUGCUUCCAUCUUUGCAACGUUUUAUGUUGGGAGCUGAUUUUAAUUCCAUUCGAGUAGCAUACUUGGAUGGGAAGAAUGUUUUUUGUUUAGUGAUAAAAAAGAGGAUAUGUUCAGGUUGAUGGUGUCUUUGUUUAUCUUCGUAUAGCGGAGGACGUUAGUUCUUGGCCGUUAGAAGAAGUGGUGACUACGGAUUUUGACAAUUCGGCAUCUAGUUGUGAUUUGGAUUCGAUAGAGGAGCAUGAAGUGAUCGAUCAUGAGGAUCCCAAUGAGGUGGAGGGGUUGAUCCAUGAUAUUAAUGAAGAGUGGCGUCAGGUUGAGGAGAAUGUGAUCUCUCAUUCAAUGGCUUGUUCAAAAAAUUUAGAUGAGAAGGAGACAACUUUAAUGAAUUGGAGGUUUCACAAAUUUGAAUUACAAGGAGCUUUGAAUCAUUAUUAAAUCAAGAUUUAGUCAAACAAAACCAAGAUGAGACAUAUGCCUUUUUUUGUUUGGUUUACGAUAGAGUUGAAAAUCGAACCUACAACCUCUAGCAUAAUACACAAACCUCUCACCACUAGACCAAAUCUAGUGGCUUAGAGGAGACAUAUGGCUUUAAUGAGGAGGAGAGAGUGGGAUUUUGUGCUAAUGUUAAUAAUAAUAAUAUGGAAGUGGGGUGUGUGUGGCGAGAAAGAAGAUGUGGAUAGUCUUAUUGGGCUUAGAGAUGGAAGUAGAAACAUGUUGGGGGAUAAGGUGAAGGUGGGGGUUCAGCAAGUGAAGGGGUGAGUGAGGGCUGUGGGUCAGUAAAUGGGUUGCACAUUUCAGGCCCAGAUAUAGGCGUCGGGGGUGCAAGGGAGGUGAAGUUAGCUGACCGAGUGUGGGGCGGUGUAGCUUCGGAUGUGGGGUGUGUUAAUGGUAUUGAGGUAGUAUUGGAAAGUCUGGGUGGUACAAAGAUUACACAUGGGGUCAUGGGGUGCAGGUAGUAAAUUGGGCACAGGAAAAUAUAGAGCAAAAGAAGUCCAAAUUGAAAAAAUGAUUUUAAAACACCUCAAUUUGUUGCUAGACUCACUUCGAUGACGAUGAUGACCAUUUUCUUUUUGACGAAAGGACUGUGUUAUUGGCUAUGGUAAAAGUGAAAAAAACAUCAGGUUCGUGGAAAGAAAUCAAAUUCUCGUUCUUUCUUCUCAAAAUAGCCCUUCUACUUCUUCUGAUAUGGUUACUUUUUCCAAUAGCAAAGAUUGAAGGAAUUAGAUGAAUGUGCAUACUUAUGAGGAGGCAAUAGUAGAUGACGUUUGUUGGAUUGAGAGAUUCUAUUAGGGUAAAAUGUGUGUUUGGUAAUGUUAGUGAAUUUAAAUUUUAGUCCCUAGAAAAAAUUUCCUUUCAAUUUACCCUUUUAAUUUCAAAUGACUUUGGUUUCAAUCCUCAAUAUGGCCAUGUCGCACAAAAACGCUGAUAUGACCAGAAUCAGCUGACUGGACCGGCUACCACGUGUUCAAAGGGCACUACUUGGAAAAUUACAUGGAUGACUAAUCUUUCGUAUCUUGUGAAACCCAAAUAAGUGGUGAACUUCCCUAAGAGUUUUAACACUGCUGUAUGCCAAAGACAAUGAUCGAACUCCAGAACUUUGUUAAGCUAGAAGUGACCCGCACUGUUUCAUCUAAAUACUCUUGGGUUCCGAAACGCCCCUUUUAGUCAAAAUAGAAAAAUAAAAAAUGAUAGAAAAAGGUUUUAAUGUUGUAAAAAUAAAAUAAAAUGAAACAUGGUGUGUAGCUGAAUUGGCAUAAUCUAGGCCUUUCAAAUGGACACAAAUACAGCCAAAUCCUUCCAUUCUUUCUAGAACCAUCCGCCAUAUCUUCAUAAACCCUUCUCUCCCUUUCAAAGGGUUUUUCAAUUCCCAUUUUUCACUCUCUCUCUCUCACACACAUUAACACACGCCACAAAAGAUAACGUUAAACAAAACCUCACUCAAUAAUGGCACCUGUGCUUAGCAGAACCAUGGCCGCCACUGCUUCUCUCGCUUCCCUCCCUUCUUCUUCCUCCUUUUCACUCUCAAGACCUUCUUCCGGUCUCAGAACUGCUUUUCUCCCGCCGCAACCGCCUCGUAGAAAGUGCGUAUCUUCAACCGCCGCUUUGAAGUGUAAGCAUCAAGCCAGAAGAGGUAGACUCUCUGUUCGAUGUGAGGCUGCUGUCGCAGAGCCGGAAGAAGCCACUGGCGAGAAGUUUGAGUACCAAGCUGAGGUGAGCCGUUUGAUGGAUUUGAUUGUUCACAGUCUUUAUAGUCACAAGGAAGUUUUUCUUAGAGAACUUGUGAGUAAUGCUAGUGAUGCUUUGGACAAGUUGAGGUUUUUGAGUGUGACCGAACCUUCUUUGCUUGGGGAGGCUGGAGAACUAGAGAUUCGAAUCAAGCCUGAUCCGGACAACGGAACUAUUACUAUAACAGAUACUGGUAUUGGAAUGACCAAACAAGAGCUCGUUGAUUGUCUUGGAACUAUUGCUCAGAGUGGUACCUCAAAGUUUUUGAAGGCACUGAAGGAAAACAAGGAUCUAGGAGCAGAUAAUGGUUUGAUUGGUCAAUUUGGUGUUGGAUUCUACUCUGCAUUUCUUGUUGCUGACAGGGUUGUUGUUUCUACAAAGAGCCCUAGAUCAGAUAAGCAAUAUGUAUGGGAAGCUGUAGCUGAUAGUAGUUCUUAUGUGAUAAGGGAAGAAACUGAUCCUGAAAAGAUUCUGCGCCGUGGUACACAGAUUACACUUUACUUAAGACCGGAUGACAAGUACGAAUUCUCAGAGCCAAGCAAAAUUCAGAGUUUGGUGAAGAAUUACUCGCAAUUUGUUUCCUUCCCGAUCUUUACAUGGCAAGAAAAGUCUAGAACUGUGGAGGUGGAAGAGGAAGAAGCACCUAAAGAAGGCGAAGAACCAAAAGCAGAGGGUGAUAUAAAGAAGACAAAAAAGACUAAAACUGAGAAGUAUUGGGAUUGGGAAUUAGCCAAUGAGACAAAGCCAAUAUGGAUGCGGAGUUCAAAGGAUACUGAUAAGGAAGAGUAUAACGAGUUUUACAAGAAGACUUUUAAUGAAUUCUUAGAACCACUUGCAUAUACUCACUUCACUACUGAGGGUGAGGUUGAGUUCAGAAGCAUUUUGUAUAUUCCAAGUAUGGGACCUCUCAACAAUGAAGAAGUAGUUAGCCCUAAAACAAAGAACAUACGUCUGUAUGUAAAGCGUGUGUUCAUCUCAGAUGAUUUUGAUGGUGAACUGUUUCCACGUUACUUGAGCUUUGUGAAGGGUGUGGUUGAUUCAAAUGACCUUCCUCUGAAUGUUUCCCGAGAGAUCCUUCAAGAAAGCAGAAUUGUAAGGAUAAUGAGAAAGAGACUUGUUAGGAAGACAUUUGAUAUGAUUCAAGAUCUUGCUGAAGGAGAAAAUAAGGAGGAUUACAAAAAAUUCUGGGAGAACUUUGGUAGGUUUAUUAAGUUGGGAUGCAUUGAAGACAGUGGAAAUCAUAAGCGCAUAACACCGCUGUUGAGGUUUAUCACUUCCAAAAGCGAGGAUGAACUUAAAAGCCUAGAUGAGUAUGUUGAAAAUAUGGGUGAAAACCAAAAGGCUAUCUAUUACCUAGCAACUGACAGCUUGAAAAGUGCAAAGUCUGCUCCAUUUUUAGAGAAAUUGGUUCAAAAAGAUAUUGAGGUUCUUUAUUUGGUUGAUCCCAUUGAUGAGGUUGCUAUUCAGAACCUACAAACAUACAAAGAAAAGAAAUUUGUUGAUAUCAGCAAGGAAGAUUUGGAAUUGGGUGAUGAGGACGAAGUCAAAGAUAGGGAAAACCAGCAAGUAUACAAUCUACUUUGUGAUUGGAUAAAACAACAGCUUGGUGAUAAUGUUGCAAAAGUUCAAAUCUCUAAGCGUUUGAGCUCAUCUCCAUGUGUGCUUGUCUCUGGCAAGUUUGGUUGGUCUGCAAAUAUGGAGAGAUUAAUGAAGGCACAAGCUCUAGGAGACCAGGCAAGUUUGGAGUUUAUGAGAGGGAGGAGAAUAUUGGAGAUUAAUCCAGAUCAUCCCAUUAUCAAAGAUUUAAGUGCUGCUUGCAAGAAUGCUCCUGACAGUAGCGAAGCAAAGAGAGCUGUUGAACUCUUAUACGAUACUGCACUAAUUUCCAGUGGAUUUUCUCCGGAGAGCCCUGCCGAGUUGGGAAAUAAGAUUUAUGGAAUGAUGGCGUUGGCCUUGGGAGGAAGAUGGGGUAGAACAGAAGAUGAGGAGGGAGAUGCACCAGCUGAUGCUGAUUCAAAGGAAAAUGAGAGUACAGAAACUGAAGUUUUUGAACCAUCUGAAGUCAUAGCUGAAAAUGAUCCAUGGACAACAGAUUAGGUGUCUUAUCCUCUUCAUCCUUCAAUUAGCAUAAAUUAAUUUUUAAUAUUAUUUUUGGCAAUAUAGUGAGUGAUGAUGCAUACUGAGGCAAUAGGAAAGGGAGAGACCUUGAAUCUUCGUCAUAUGAUUGAUUUCUCAGUGCUGGAAGGAAACAUGUAAUAUCUUGUGUAACAAUAUGCCAUAAAGGAAGUGAUCUUAUGGGGCCUUUCCCAAUAAAAUUUAGAUCCAGUGUCAGUAGUUUAGAACAUUUUUGUUACUGGAUGUGUCAUUAUAUCAUUCUUUAAGGUCUGGAAAUGUAAUGUAGAAUUUUAUGUAGUUUAAAGCAGUUGUCUUGCGUUUCA